UCUCUCGGGAGGACAGACGGGGUCAGGGCCGAUCAUGGCGGCUGAGGAGGCUGAUGUGGAUAUCGAAGGGGACGUGGUGGCAGCGGCGGAACAACCAGGAAGCAAUGAAAGUACAGCAUCAGUUUUACAACAAGAUCACUAUCUUGAUUCAUCAUGGAGAACUGAAAAUGGCCUUAUUCCUUGGACCCUGGAUAACACCAUCAGUGAAGAGAACAGAGCUGUUAUUGAGAAAAUGUUGUUGGAAGAAGAGUAUUAUUUAUCUAAAAAAUCACUACCAGAAAAAUUCUGGCUUGAUCAAAAGGAAGAUGAUAAAAAGCACUUAAAGAGUCUACAGAAGACAGCAAAAAUCAUGGCACACUCUCCCACAAAACCAGCCAGUUACUCAGUAAAGUGGACGAUAGAAGAAAAAGAACUGUUUGAACAAGGGCUGGCUAAAUUUGGUCGAAGGUGGACCAAAAUUGCAAAGCUAAUUGGAAGUCGCACUGUUUUACAAGUAAAGAGUUAUGCCAGACAGUAUUUUAAAAAUAAGGUAAAAUGGGGCCCAGAGAAAGAAACACCAAAUCAGAAGAACAGCAGUAAUCUUCAGGUUAAAAAUGAAGAUAAAAAGACAAAGACAUGGACACCAUCAUGUUUGAGGGGACGUGCUGAUCCCAACUUGAAUGCUGUAAAAAUUGAAAAGUUAUCUGAUGAUGAAGAAGUAGACAUCACAGAUGAGGUGGAUGAGUUGUCUUCUCAAACAUCCCAAGAGAAUUCUAGCAAUAAUCUCUUAUUAGACAUUCCUAAUAGUAAAAUGCGUGAAACCAAUCCAGGAGAAUUCAUUGCUUCUGACAACCAGGAAGCUCCCUCUUCUAAGGCUUCUAGGGACUAUCUUCAGAAUAUAAAGCAAAAUGAAACACUUUCAAGCUCAGAAGUUGCCUUGUGGACCAGAAAACAGCGCAACAGUGACAAAAAAUCAGUUGAAUUAAAUGAUCAGGAACAUAAUACACUGAUUAAAAGUUGCAUCAAGCAUGAUGGAAGUGGAAUAAUAGAUGAUUCCAGGCAGUUGCCUUCUCCAGAGCUUUGUGAAAUUCAGAAAGAUUUGAGUGAUAAUGAAAUGCUCUUUCAUUCUUCUUGCCAAAUGUUGGAGGAAAGCCAUGAGGAAGAAGAGCUUAAGCCACCAGAACAGGAAAUAGAAGUAGAUAGAAAUACAGUUCAAGAAGAAGAAAAACAAGCAAUUUCUGAGUUUUUUGAGGGGCGCCAAGCUAAAACACCAGAGCGCUAUUUGAAAAUUAGAAAUUACAUUUUGGAUCAAUGGGAAAUAUGCAAACCGAAAUACUUAAAUAAGACCUCAGUACGUCCUGGCCUGAAGAACUGUGGGGAUGUUAAUUGUAUUGGACGGAUUCAUACAUACCUCGAAUUGAUAGGAGCAAUCAAUUUUGGAUGUGAACAGGCUGUAUAUAAUAGGCCACAACCAGUUGAUAAAAUACGAAUUAGAGACAGAAAAGACGCAGUAGAAGCAUACCAACUUGCCCAGCGUCUGCAGUCUAUGCGCACCAGGAGACGUAGGGUCCGAGACCCAUGGGGAAACUGGUGUGAUGCAAAGGACUUAGAAGGACAAACGUUUGAGCAUCUCUCUGCUGAGGAGUUGGCAAAAAGAAGAGAAGAGGAAAAAUACAGACCUGUUAAAUCUUUAAAAGUGCCAAGACCAACAAAAAGCUCAUUUGAUCCCUUCCAACUGAUACCUUGCCAUUUUUUCAGUGCAGAAAAGCAGGAGCCAUUUCAGGUGAAAGUGGCUUCAGAAGCACUUUUAAUAAUGGAUUUGCAUUCUCAUGUUUCUAUGGCAGAAGUGAUUGGUCUGUUAGGAGGAAGAUUCUCAGAAGUUGAUAAAAUAGUUGAGGUCUGUGCAGCAGAACCAUGUAAUAGUCUGAGUACAGGACUACAGUGUGAGAUGGAUCCUGUGUCACAAACACAGGCCUCAGAAACCUUGGCUGUUAGAGGCUACAGUGUUAUUGGAUGGUAUCAUUCUCAUCCUGCAUUUGAUCCUAACCCUUCCUUGCGAGAUAUUGACACACAAGCCAAAUACCAGAGUUACUUCUCCAGAGGAGGUGCAAAGUUCAUUGGAAUGAUUAUUAGUCCCUAUAAUCGAAACAAUCCCUUACCAUAUUCUCAGAUUACCUGCCUGGUUAUAAGUGAGGAAAUUAGCCCAGAUGGUUCCUAUCGCUUACCUUACAAAUUUGAAGUACAACAGAUGUUAGAAGAGCCUCGGUGGGGAUUAGUGUUUGAAAAGACAAGAUGGAUAAUCGAAAAAUACAAGCUCUCCCAUAGUAGUGUCCCCAUGGAUAAACUCUUUCGCCGGGAUUCUGAUCUGACUUGUUUGCAGAAACUUUUGGAGUGUAUGAGGAAAACUCUGAGCAAGGUGACCAAUUGCUUCAUUGCUGAAGAAUUCUUGACUCAAAUAGAAAAUUUGUUCCUGUCUAAUUACAAAAGCAAGCAAGAGAAUGGAGUGGCUGAAGAGAACUGUACGAAGGAAUUGUUAAUGUGAUUAUUUUAAAGGGAGUCUUUGCCUCGGCAGUUCCCACUGUUGCUCAGCUAUAGACUUGAACUUCAUUCCUUCUCAACCUGACCAAAUCUCACGAGAAUUGUAUGGGACCAUUCAUCCUCAAUAAAGAGAUAGGAGCCAGUGGUGAGUUUGUCUUCAGAGAAAUACUUUUGUUCUGGUCUUUAUAGUUUUGAAAUAUGUACAAGAUCAUUCAAUCAUUUGUUGAAGGCUAGGCCUGUAGAAUCAAGAUGGACAGACCUGUGCACAUUUCCCUGAAGUUGUUGAAUGCUGCUCCAGGCUUCUCUCCAGAACAUUUCUCUUGCUACUUCCCAAGCCCCUUGGCCCCAGGAGUGGGGCGAGACCUGUGACUUGCAGACUGUCAGCCCAGGUGAGCCUCUGAAGCUCUCCAGGCAGCAGGAGACUGGCCUCAACAUGCCACCCUGAGAAGUUUAGCUUCCUCCGUGUUUUGCUGGCUCCUAAUGUAGUAAACUGGAGGGCCUGAUUCAGUCACGAUGCCUUAGGAUGGGUGCUGUGUCCUGUGCUGACAGAAGAGCCCUGUAACACCAACCACCUGACCUGAAGCCUUCCAGCUGCACGUCAUCAACAGGUGCCAGUUGAUGGAAUUCUUAGGAGGAAUUUAGUUAGGACACCUAAAUUUUAUUUUUUUCCACCUACACUCUCCUCUACCAAUAGCUAGAGACUAAAUCUAGGAUCGCACAUAUGGCAUUUAGGAAAACUCACCAAGCACAAAGAAAAGCACACACUUUAACAAUCAUCUGCUUCAUCAGAGUUAAAUAAUUUAACAUAUGUGAUCUGCAUCUCCAGUUUACUAGUACUUUAAUAGUUUUCUUACAAAUUAAUAUAUUUUGCAAUAUUUCUAGGAAAUCACUGUGGGAGAAUAGUGUAAUAUACUUUAAGAUAAAAUUUCCUGGCCUUUUCUUAAAUGGUUUUAUGUAUACUGGUUUCCAAAUCUGUUUUCUUUUUUCUUUUCUUUUUUUUUCCAUUUAACCUGCUUUCUGGUAUUUUCUGAGACUGUCUCCUAAGCCACCUUGAAUCCUUCCUAGAAGAAGGGUGGGAAUAAAUAUGUUGUCCCCACUAAAUCAGGAGAAAAUUAAAAUCCAAGGGAAGCUGUGAUUAUGCCAAGGGCUCAAGACAGAAAUAAGUUUGAGAAGUUAAAGUCAAGUCAUCAUAUCUGGGUUGUUUUUAUUUUCUCCCUUUGAUAUUUAUGAAUGUAUUAAUAAGAACUUUAAUUUCGGGGGGGGGAUGCCUGAUUUGCAAUCCUUGAGGUUUCCUAGUGUCUUAAGAAUUAAGAAUUCUGUUAAAUAUGUUUUUAUAGAUUGUAAUUCCUGUUUUAUACAUUACCACAAAAUGUGUUUAAAACUAUGACUAGAAACUAGCAUUUAGAUUCUAGCAAGAUUUAAAUAGAUGGAUCAUAUGUCUUUAACUUUGUGGAUUUGACAUGUAAAUUAUGUAUUGUGUAUACGUUUACUAGACAUAAGGCAUGGUUAUUGAUAAACUCGUUGCUAUUAUUUUUCCUAGAUGUCAUCAGUGUUUGUGAGCUUUUUUAAUUAAUUUGAAUUUUGGAAUGUUCUGUAAUAAAAUAUAAUUUCAACUCUUGUACAUUAAAUACGAUGCCAUGUUGUAUAUAUCUGUGUUAAAAAUACUGUAUCUGCAUUUUUAGAAUUAUGAAAGAUCUUCCUCAAAAUAACAACCCUUUCCUCCUCCACACUUAAUUGUGAUAUAUUAUAAAAUUCUGAUUUUAAGCUUUUGGAUUUUAUCUUGUAAAAAUUAAAGGUGAAACAUGUUAAAGAGUCCAUGUAAAUAAACGUUUGAAAAUAAAGUGAUAAUCAUUUGGA